AUGGUCAAUACGAUUUCUGGUCUGGUUACGCGCAUGUUUAACACAAUUGGUGAAAUGCUGAAGCUGGAAGACGUAACAACAGAAGGUGGAAGCCAUCAUACAUUGGCGGUGGUUUCGAGUAGCCACCAGGAAAGGGAGGCACAAUCGGGUUACCGAUCCAGACUUGAAAGACUUGCGAAACGUAAGCGUGAGCUGGAAGACUCGAAAAAGCCCAAUGUUGGAGCGAUCACAGAGUACAACGCUCCGAAACUUGAAUUUUACCAGCCUCGUUCUCGACACCAUGAAUUGAUUGCCACUGACAACAGCAUUAUAAGCCGGUUAUUAAGACCUGAAGAUGAGGGCCAGAGGGCAAGCAAGAUUCAAAGAGCGCAGACAGGGCGAAAACCUUGGGAAACUCUUAUCAUAGGCGCUGAUUUGGGAGAAAACUUGAGCAAAAUCGAGUAUAAGAACCGCCGCAUCUUGCAACAACAGUUCAUUAUCAGAUGGAGUGAGCAGAAUGAGCCGGACGGGCUCAAGUUCCGGAAGGAGGUUCUUAACGCUUUGCUUGAGGAUAAAGCGAAAUUGGAAGAAGAUCAAGAAAGCUAUUUGACUGAGGACCAGCUUCAUGAGAGGACGGCGGUCAUUAAGAGGCUUGAGAUCUUGAAACAGGCUCUUGAGAGAACCGAGUUCGAAGAGCAGUCCAGGAAUAUCAGAGCCGCCAUCCAAGCUUAUGAAAAAGGAGAAAUCGGCUGUUCUCACGAAUUCACGCUGAUAUACGCGGGUCGUAUUGUCGACACCUGCCCAUCUUAUGACUCAUUCACCUCCAUCCGACACGAACGGCUUGAUUCGCUCUACGAGAUGAUGGGUCCAGGUUGGCUCUGGUACGAACCUCCCCUGGCGAGACCAGGAGAUAAAUUUUUGGCGAAAAAGGGGUUCUGGAUGGAUCGGAGUGGAAGUUCGUGGCAGGGUGCGUCAGCGUACAGAUUGAACAUGCGCUUCAUCGUUAACCCAAACAAGGUGCAUAGGGGAGGCGGUGCUGUGUACCAGUCGAAGACGGCGGCAGGUAAAUAUGCCUUGAGGUCUGCUACCUUUUCGGUGAUGCUCGAUACCGGCUCGUCAUUUCCAAUGUUGGACAAACAGGAUUUCAUGAAUCUCGGGAUAGACAUGAAAAGAUACUCUUGCCAAACAGUGAUCCCUAUGGAUACCGUUGGUUCCCAAAUCAUCUGUCCCGUAUACGAGCUUGAUGUCGGCAUCGGAUCACCCCUUGAAGAGGAGAAUGACGGAUGGCAUAGGGCCAACAGGAGACUCGGAUGGCCUUACGAGCAAGGCAUUCUAGGAGGCUUCUAUCCAGUAGCAAUGAUAGGCUCUCAAACAGAGGAUGUCAAGUGGACAGACCGCCUGAGCAGCUCCUUUCCAUUCAAAGUCUCCUAUAUGUCUUCAGUACCUACCUCGGAACGAAUCUGGCUCGGCGAGAACCGAAAGGAGGUUUUAGGUGCGCAGAGAUUCCCUCCCUAUCAGCGAUACGGAACGGCAGACAUCUUUGAUCCUGGGUACCCUCCAAAGUUUGAAAAGCGUCGGGCAGGAUUGGGAACCCCUGAUGGCGUGAUGUUCAUCCACAGGCUCAACAAGAACGGACUGAAACGCCACGAGUUCGUGGAUUUCGACUUGCCAGAUGAACCCGGCAGAACUGAGUACGAAGAGCGCGGUGAUAACACACUGAGGGCAAGCAAGACAUUUGGACCGGGGCAGAAUCAACCCAGGGCUACACCGAAGUUUAUAGUUCCACUAAAGAAAUGGCAAGACAAAUAUUAG